CCACCACCACCUGGGCCAGGAGUGGUCGCGGCGUCUCUUCUAGAGGCGUGCGCCAGUCAGCCGACCACAAGAAGAGGUUUCGAGACGUGCGUGGCAGUUCUGGCUCAAGGUGGGCACACGCUCGAACCACAUUGCCCCGGAUAUCGCGAAGGCUGCCGUGUUUCGUGUCUCCCCGCAGGAGGAGUUCGAGCGCAGCGGCGACAUGGACGAGUCGAUCAGCAUGAGUAUUCUUGGGGUGUCAGCGCAGAUGGACUCAAGUUGCACCCCUGGCUACCGAGCAGCGUGCCCUGAAGAUGUUUGGCCUGCCGAAUUGGGCGAUGCCUCGGCGACUUCGUUGGAAAUGAUCAGCGAUACCUCCUGUGCGUCUGUGGGCGCGCACACGGACACUUCGACGAUCGGCAUUCAGAUGGACGAAUACGUGGAUGACAUAACUUGCCAGACGUGUGGUGAGGUAGGCGUGCUUCAUGGCUGCGGUCAUUGGCAGUGCACUACACUGACAUGCCGGCCUACUUGGUAUCAGCGGUUCGAGGCCAGGAAGUGGCUGGUCCCGCUGACGCCCGCGGGAACACGAAAAGAGCAGUCCUUCCAGACUCGCGAGCGCUGCGUAGACUGCCGCCCCGAGGGUCGCUGCCUCAAGGGGUCUUGCCCUCGGUACUGCAACUUCAUCUUCAGGAGGGGCUCGUGCAAGUUCGGAGUCAAGUGCACAUUUUGUCACCUGCAUGGGCGCGCCCACGCCACAGGUAAGCUCAGAGGCGAAACCGACGGCAAACUGGACCUUCCAUGGCCGCCGUCUGGCUCGCAUCUGCCGCCUCCCCCGAAGCGCUUUUUGACACGUGGCAAGCCGGAAUACCCGAAGUCUGCCACCACGUCCGACGGCGCGAAGAUCGAUCCAACCGAAUGUUUGCGCGAAUGCUGCAGUGUGAGCGAACCUUGGAAGGUGGCAUGGUGUCCAGAUCGCUCGACAGCGGUUGCACCCUCACCGCAAAAGCUUCCCGAUGGCAGUGCGGUGCUCAGGGCCUCGUCGAAAUUAUGUCCUGAUGCGAAUGGGAUGUUCAGUCUUUACCUGUAGAAUUUGGCAUGAGGCUUGAAGAGUCAAUGGACUCCGUUGUUCCUCCUGCGCCAGCUCGCAGCAGCACGCUUUAGAGCAUACCGCAAAGUUCCACUUCGUUCGCCUGCAGGGAGCGUCCAGUUUUGGCGCUCGCGCUCGGGCUUCCAGGGCGGAGUAUAAACGGAGACUAAGUGGUAGCCAGCGUGGACCCAAAGCAGUGCGUUACCGCAUUGUGGAGGCG